UUCAAGCUCAUGACGUGGAUUCAGUGGAUCGAGAUGUUGUUUCCGUGCUCUCGUUGGAUUAGGACCUACAAGUGGCGAGAGUACUUCCAGAUCGAUCUCAUGGCCGGUAUCACCGUAGGUGUCAUGCUCGUGCCGCAGCUUUGAUCCCAGAGAAGGAAGAGGUGCCUGCUACUCCUCUCUGAUGGAUAUUAUGAAGAAGUGCAUGUUGCUCCUCUUGUGGUGACCCGUUUGUUCUUUUGAAAUCUGUUAUGGCCCAAAGACAAGAAGGGAGUCAAUGACUUGACUGUUCAUCCUUCUUAGAAGCUCGCAUUGAGUGUUGGGAGAGACAAGUGCUUAGCUUUGGUUAAUUUGGUGAGGAGGGAGGAGUUUUUAUUAUAAGAUGGGAAAAGAGGCAAUGUCAUAUGCAAGAUUAGCUGGGCUUGAACCGAUUUAUGGACUAUACUCUGGCUUUGUGCCAAUAUUUGUGUAUGCCAUAUUUGGGUCAUCUCGCCAGCUAGCAAUUGGUCCAGUUGCUUUGGUUUCUCUCUUAGUCUCUAAUGUCUUAGCCGGAAUUGCUGAUUUAUCCUCUGAGUUAUACACAGAACUUGCAAUAUUAUUGGCUCUCAUGGUUGGAAUAUGUGAAUGCAUAAUGGGACUGUUGAGGCUUGGAUGGCUUAUUCGUUUCAUUAGCCAUGCUGUGAUCUCUGGCUUUACAACUGCUUCAGCCAUUGUGAUUGCUUUAUCUCAAGUAAAGUAUUUCUUGGGUUACAGUAUUGUACGCAGCAGUAAGAUUGUGCCACUAAUUAAGAGCAUAAUUGCUGGAGCAGAUAAGUUUUCAUGGCCCCCUUUUGUAAUGGGAUCUAUCAUUCUUUCUAUACUUUUGAUCAUGAAGCACUUGGGACACACAAGGAAGUACUUGAGGUUUCUGCGAGCAGCAGGUCCUCUCACAGCAGUCGUCUUGGGGACAACUUUUGUGAAAAUAUAUCAUCCAUCUUCCAUUUCUUUGGUAGGAGACAUACCACAAGGCCUUCCAAAGUUCUCUCUUCCUAAAGAAUUUGGUUAUAUAACGUCAUUAAUUCCAACUGCACUUCUCAUAACUGGGGUAGCUAUAUUGGAAUCUGUAGGGAUUGCAAAAGCAUUGGCUGCAAAGAAUGGGUAUGAAUUGGACUCAAAUCAAGAGUUGUUUGGCCUAGGUGUAGCUAAUAUGAUGGGCUCAUUCUUUUCAGUAUAUCCCACAACAGGCUCCUUUUCUAGGUCAGCUGUGAAUCAUGAAAGUGGAGCAAAAACUGGCCUAUCAGGAAUUAUAACAGGAAUCAUAAUGGGCUGUGCUCUUUUAUUCCUGACUCCAUUGUUUGAAUACAUACCCCAGUGUGUUUUGGCUGCAAUAGUAAUCUCAGCUGUAAUGAGUCUGGUGGAUUAUGAAGAGGCUAUUUUUUUAUGGGGUGUAGAUAAGAGAGAUUUUCUCCUAUGGACGAUUACUAGCUUUACAACUUUGUUCCUUGGUAUUGAGAUUGGUGUCCUUGUUGGGGUAGGCGCUUCACUUGCCUUUGUCAUCCAUGAAUCGGCAAAUCCUCAUAUUGCUAUACUGGGACGUCUUCCAGGCACCACUGUGUAUAGAAACAUUCAGCAAUACCCAGAAGCGUAUACUUACCAUGGAAUUGUGAUUGUUCGUGUUGAUGCACCUAUCUAUUUUGCAAAUAUAAGCUACAUAAAAGACAGGCUAAGAGAAUAUGAACUUGAAGUUGAUAAGUCUUCAAGACGUGGAGUAGAAGUUGAAAGAAUCUACUUUUUGAUCUUAGAGAUGGCACCUGUUACUUACAUAGAUUCUGGUGCUGUUCAAGCUUUGAAAGAUUUGCAUCAAGAAUACAAAGCUCGGGACAUUCAGAUGGCCAUAUCCAAUCCGAAUCGAGAGGUUCUAAUGAUAUUGUCAAAAUCUGGUCUUGUGGAUCUUAUUGGUAAGGAAUGGUACUUUGUGAGAGUCCAUGAUGCAGUCCAAGUUUGCCUACGGCACGUGCAGAGCUUAAAAGAAACUCUGAAGAUGGCUGAUCCAUUGCCUGAUGAUAAACCGAGUUUCUUCCAGAGAUUAUUGAAACGUACAGGCCAGGAUUUAUCGAUUUCUGAACUGGAGUCGGGUAGUACAGGCCCUUCUGAUUCCAAGAACACAGACCCUCAACAGGAGCCAUUGUUACCUCGCAAAUAGAGGAAUUGUUUCUCAGUGUCCUUCGGAUGGCAGGCAAUCCGUGGGUCUUCGUAUCUAGAAAUAUUAUAAUUUAAUUGUUUAUUGUAAGUAGAAUCCAUUGUUGUAAAAUUCAAUGCCAUUAGAACCUCUUUUUUUUUUUUUUUUUGGCUUUAGGAGCCAAGGUUUGUAUUGUUUUUGCAAUUAUAUGAAGUCUAGGGAGAUUGAUAAUAGCACCUACUCUGUCAUUUUGAUGGGAAAUUAAUAAAAAUGAUCAUAUUUUUAGA